CGCAAUCAUAAUCGGCCGCUCUUCCAAUUGGUGAGUAUUGGUCUGGCCUGGCUCAAUCCGAUUGGCGAUCGUUCUGGUGCGUCCCCACCUUUUGUACAAUAAAAAGAUCGCAGUGUUAUUCAAUAGUCUAAACCCCCUGGACUCCAACAACGCUUAACUCCUUGGUUCCUCGAGAAUGAAGUGGUAUCAAAGGUUUGAAUUGGCAAAAAAAAUUAUACCGGUGCAGACAGGACUUGAACCUGCGCGGGUAAAACCCAUCGGGACCUGCACCCGACGCCUUAACCACUCGGCCACUACACCAUUUACAUUCGUACAUUACCCAAAAUCUGGAACCACACCAGGUCACAUUUCAGCUCGGCUUUGAAGUGAUACUCUAGCGGGAGGCUUUUUCUAUCACAUCACUUAAUUCAACAUGGGUUUUCUUGACUAAGCACAGUCUUUCC